CUUCCGCUAGCUAACAAACGGAGAAGUCCACUUGCAAAUAUGAGGGGUCUGUUGGUGCUAGGAGUUUUGUGCCUCGCUGCAGCUUGCUUCGCUUACGAAGUCGCCGAGUCCGACCUCGCGGUAGCCGAGACCAAAGGCCAUCACCACGAGCACGGCGGCGGCCACCACCAUCACGGACAUCAUCACCACGAACACGGCGGAAAGGGAGGCAAGGGACACCACGGUCAUCAUCACCACCACAAGGGCGAUGAGGGGCACUACGGCAAACAUCACGACGAGGGACAUCACCACGAGCACGGAGGUGGCCACAAGAAACACUGGGAUGAACACGACCAUCACGGCGAGCACCAUGAGCACGGACACCACCACAAGGGCGACAAGCAUGGCCACCAUGAACAUCACGACAAAGGUGAACACACCGACGGAUACCACAAGAAGUAUCACAAGGACCACUUCCACAAGGACCACCACUUCCACGAUGGACACCACGACGAAGGCAAACACCAUAAGCAUGGUCAUCAUCACGGACACCACGAAGAACAUGGCGGUCACCACAAGAAGGGAGGUCACCAUCACUCCGGCCAUCAUGAGGGUCACCAUGGUAAACACGGACAUCACGAUAAACAUCAUUAUGACGAGGGUCAUCACGGACACAAGGGUCACCAUGGACAUGAGGGUCAUGAGCAUCAUCACCACGGCCACGGCAAGAAAGGUGGUCAUGAUGAUCAUAAGGAAUGGGGAUUCCACCACGGUAAACAUUAAU